AUGGGCUUCACCACUGGAUUCACCGGCGGUGUGACCGUAACCCUAGGCGUAGCCUACCUCACAGUCCUCGCCCACCAACGCAACCGCGAAAGCCAGUCCCACACCCUCCGCACCCAACACCACGUCCUCUCCUCCCUCCUCGAGCCCCAAAUCCGCAUUCCUCCGCCCCUGACCCGCGCCGAACAGGCCGUCAAGGACCGCGAGACGCUCCUCACCUCCGCCAAAGACCGCUGGAACCGCGAGGUAGAGAACGCCGUCCGCUGGGCGCAGCGCACCGACUGGGGCGAGGUGCGCGAGGGUCUCGAGAGCGGCGCCGCGCGCUUCUGGGGCGGCACCAUUGAAAAGGCCGGCGAGGCGGAGCAGGCCGUCGAGAAGAGCGCCGUCCCGCUGGCCAAGGAGGCUUCGGCCAAGGGCGCUGCCGCUGCGGAGGCGACCGGCGCGGAGGUCAAGAAGGAGGCGCGCAGCGCGUGGGAGCGCGCGAGGGAAAAGAGCCUCGCUGCCGAGGAGGCUGCGCGCGCCAAGGCCGCUGAGGCGAAGAAGCUCCUCGACGCGAAAGCCGCCGAGGCCAAGAAGAUUGUCGACAGCAAGGCCGCCGAGGUCAAGGCCGUCGUCGGCGACGUGGUGGACAAAGGACGGCAGCAAGGGGAGGCGGUGCUCGUGGCGGCGAAGCAGGCGGUGGGCGUGGCCGAGGACAAGGUCAGCAUCAAGGCCGACGGCGCGGUGGCGCCCGCGACGACGCCGGUACAGAAGGCGCUCCACCAGCGGUACGAGAAGCCGAGCGGGUUGACCAAGAGCGUCAAGGAGGUGCUGGCGGAGCGGUACCGCAAGAUGGACGAGCAGGAUAAUACGCAGCUUCGGGGUAUUUGA